ACAAAACAAGUUACAUACGAACUGCGGCGGCUGAAAUUGUUAGUUCUUUCUUCAAAUCUAUUCAAAUUUUGUUCCAAAAAGAUGUAACCGACUCAAAAGAUAAAGCUUUCAAACACGAAAGACUACAACUGGAUGGCGAAAGAGUGCAGCAGCAAGAAACAAGAGAAACAAUGAGCUACGACCAGAUGAAGGUUGACUUGAAGGAAUUUAUUGAAUCGGCUGUCGAGCAUGUUGUAGAAAAAUGUUUUCAAACCAACUUCGCUGGUUUUGCUUUUGAUUUCUAUUGUCCAAAAUCCGAUGAUACGGUAGAAAAACAUUGUCGAAUCAAUACAGAAGAAGAAUUAGCCGAAUGGAACAUAAAGCUCAACAGUAAAGAACUACGUCAAAGAUAUUUGGAAUAUUUCUCAAAAAUUAUCAUUCCCAAUGCCUAUUGUGAAAAAGGCGAUAAUGCGUGUUACACUUUAGUAGAUUGCCUGUUCACUCGAGACUUUUGGACGAAGAUGACGUGGACCGGAAUAAGUCGUCGUGGCAAUAAGGCAAAACGAGGAUUCCGUGAAUAUGGGAACGUGACACAGCUUCUGUGCAAUAUUGCAAAGAUUGGAGAUCCAUCAUAUACUGCCUGUAAGCUGGAGGUUUUUUGUCGAAACCGUCUCUUCAGAUAUUGUAAAUCUCGUUCGACUAAUCGUCAACUUAGAAAGUCUGCCUGCAGAAAUCAACGUAGCUCCAAGUCGCAAGCAUUAAAGGAAAAAAACGAACACCAAACUGAAGAUCAGGGCACAUUUAAUUCGAAUGAGUCGGACAUUUACGAAAAAAUAGAGAAGGAUGCUGAACUCAGUUCAAGUGACGAUAACGGAGAUGAUGAAAAUGACUCAAUCGACGAUACAAGUGAUGAUGAUGAAUGUAGCACUGCAGACGUUUAACUUGGCAAUAGAUUUUAUCAUACUAGAACUGUUAUUCAACAUGGGAUUAAUUUGAAAUAUUACUUUUUAAACCUAAUACGAUUGAAAAUAGGCAAUUUUUCCAAUGAAAUAUAUCUAUCAACAGAAUUAAAACAAAAAAUUAGUCACAGGCAAUCACAUGCUGCUAUUUGUUUAUUGAAUAGUAUGAAUGAGAGGUAUAAAUACUAUUCCUUCUGUUCUAACAAUUGAAACUUGCUUACAAAAAAUAUCAUUACAUUUAAAUAAA